AUGGACAGGAGGGGUAUUACUCAAACCGCGACCGCCUUGCAUCGUUUCCUGAAAGCGACCAUCCAGUUGCUCGUGUGCACUCGGAAAUGCACUCCCCUCACACGUGGAAACGAGGAAGAUAUGGGUGAGAUCAGAGCCUUUGAUCAGCAGCGUUACCCAUCACAUACACGUGCCUAUCACGUGCCACAAAAUCUCGGAGUUUCCGCGUGCCAUGAAGCGCCAUUGAAGAGAAUUCCGUGCAGAAGAGAGAAACACGUACGCCAUCCGAAAAAUGCAGAUUUCUUCUCUCUUGUAACUGCCUUCCAUAAGCGGUUCCCAUCGUUUCCCAUCCGCCCUGGAUCGAGGCUCUUCAUCUCUCUCACCACCGUCCUCUUCAUCUUCGCCCUCUUCAGGCUCCAUUCCCUGUCUAAGCUCCCGUCCUCGGCCCCGGCCCGCAACGCGGCCGCUUCCGUUCUCAGUAGGCCGUCCAAUCCCUUCGUCGGCACGCCGAAGAUCGCAUUCCUCUUCCUCGCGCGCAGCAACCUCCCUCUCGAUUUCCUGUGGCAGGGGUUCUUCCAGAAUGCAGAAGAAGGGAGUUUCUCUGUUUACAUCCAUUCAAAGCCCGGGUUUGUCUUUGAUAGGUCGACGACAAGGUGCGCCUUCUUUUAUGGGCGCCAGCUCAGCAAGAGCUUUCAGGUAGCUUGGGGAGAAUCAAGUAUGAUUGAAGCCGAGCAGUUAUUAUUCAGAGCAGCUCUUCAGGAUCCGGCAAACCAGCGCUUUGUUCUUGUUUCCGAUAGCUGUAUUCCACUGUACAACUUCAGCUAUGUAUACAAUUAUAUCAUGUCUUCUUCAAAAAGUUUCGUUGACUGCUUUCUUGAUACAAAGGAAGGUCUCUAUAAUCCAAAGAUGUCGCUUACGAUACCAAAGGGCAAAUGGAGGAAAGGGUCCCAGUGGAUUACAUUAGUUAGAAAACAUGCAGAGGUUAUCAUGGCUGAUGAUAUAGUCAUUCCAGUUUUCAAAAGAUACUGCAAGCGAGAGGUUAUUCAGAUGGAGCAAGACUGUAUCCCAGAUGAACACUAUAUGCAGACAUUACUUGCUAUGAGUGAGCUUGAAGAUGGACUUGAACGAAGGUCAUUGACAUUCGCUCUGUGGAACCAGUCUGCAUCUGAAACGGAAAGACAAAGUUGGCAUCCAGUCACAUUCAAACAUGAUGAUGCAAGCCCUGAACGCAUAAAAGAAAUAAAGGGUAUCAAUCAUGUGUACUAUGAGACAGAGCAUCGAACAGAAUGGUGCCGUAGCAAUGCUACUUCAAUGCCAUGCUUCCUCUUUGCAAGGAAGUUCUCUCGAGGUGCUGCGAUGCGCCUUUUGAGAGAGGGAGUGGUGGGUCCCUUUGAUGCUUCUGUGUUGUUAGCUUAAGUUAAUCAAAUCAUAUCCUCAUGGGCAUCAUCGUCGUCCUUCCGUCCAUCAUUCAGAAGGCCAGUCCUUAUUGAACUUGAUAUGUCAAACAUGGUGCAACCAUUGAAGUUGGCCCCAUCAUUUCAGUGACAGUUCCUGUUCUAAUGAGCUGUGUUGGGUGGCCUGGAGCACAUGAAACGGGAGAAAUGAAAUGGUAGAAGUAGAAAUUGGAUGCCGGUCACAUGAAUCAGAAGGAGAAAUGAAGUGGUGGAAGUGGAAAUUCGAUGUCAGCAUGAGUGGUAAAGCUGAUUUUAAAAAGAUGGUCUUUCCACUAAAGGCAGAUGUUUAGGUGGGUGAUGCCAAACGAGUCCUGUGAUUGGGGGAGCAUUUUCAGGCCGGUGGUGAUGGAAAAUAGGUUUUGCAUGUACAUUGAGGUUCUGAAGCUCUGAUUCAGUGCUAUUCUUCAAUAGUGAAAAAGAAAAUGUUGCUGUACUGAUUAGAGAGAUGCACAGAAGAGUAUGAUCUUUUGGUUUUGGGUGUUU